AUGUGUCCCACUAGUAGCACACAAGGAGUAUCGAGAGCUCAGAGGUGGCUGGCUGAUGACGACAUAGUACGCUUCCUACAGUCACUGAACAACUGGACCGCAGUCAUGCACCCAGACGCCAAGCUCAGCGCCGAAGACUUAAAGCAAGCAUACGAACGCGAAGCAGAGAUCUUAGGCUCGAGUCUCGGUGACGGGGCCGUCACUCGCAAGGAAAUCAUACCUGAUAUCAACGCACUCGCUGACUUGGCCGUUUUAUGCGAAACUAUGGACUGGUUGAGCGCCAAUAUCAGAAGUCUGCCAUCCAUGUUGGGCGGACCAGGAGGACUCAACAAGCUUCCCGAAAAGUUCUUGAAUGAUAUUUCUACCAACGCCAAGCUGUUGGACGAUAUCUCACAUAAGUGCUUGCUUUUCUUACAUUUGGAGCUACGCAUCGAGUGCUUCCACUACCUGGGGCAGGAGGAGCGCGAGGAGGGCGCGGAGGGCGCGGAGGGGGCGGGCGCGGGCGGCGCGGCGCAGCUGGCGGGCGCGCUGCUGGCCUUCCACGAGCUGGCCGGCGCCGCGCUGGCGCCGCGCCGCGCCGCCUACGUGCUGGGCGGGCUCGGCGACAUGAUGUCGGCCGCCGUCGUGUGGCGCUGGCAGGGCGCGCCGGGCGGCGCGGGCGCCGGCGCCGCGCGCCUCGCCACGCUGCGACACUGUCUCGCCGCGCUCGGCCUGCCGCACUCCGGCCUGCAUCGCGCCCAUACCUACCUGCAUUUGCUCUCCUGCACGCCCGAAGAAAUAAUAACUUCAGUCCGGGAGAAAGGCGCCCAGUUCACGGAACUAGAAUACCUAAAUGCAUUCAAAGUGAUCGAAGCUCGCCGCGGCAUAUCGCCCGCUGACAUGAAGAUGCAUCUGAAACAACUUUCCGCUGCUUUGGGACAUGUUGGAGUUACUGUAUAGACUAGAAUAGAAAAUAUAAUUAUAUUGAAUUAUAAAAU